CGUUGCUUUGAGCAGGACGCCGAGAAGUCACAUCGUACUUGAUAGAAAUAACCAAAGCUGAAAUCAAGAUGCCAAAGGUAAAGAGACAUAUCAACAUUGUAGUUGUUGGUCACGUCGAUUCGGGAAAGUCUACUACUACUGGCCAUUUAAUCCAAAAAUGUGGUGGCGUCGACAAGACAGUCAUUGAUAUGUAUGAGAAGGAGGCUAAAAAGAUUGGAAAGGGUUCUUUUAAGUUUGCCUGGGUAAUGGACAAACUGAAGGCCGAGCGAGAACGUGGAAACACCAUUGACAUCACUUUACGGAGGUUUGAAACGCCAAAGUACGAAAUCACUGUUAUCGACACACCUGGUCAUCGUGAUUUCAUCACCAAUAUGAUCACAGGAACAUCUCAGGCCGACUGCGCCAUACUAACAGUGUCUUCCAGCCCUGACGAGUUUGAGGCUGGCAUUUCCGAAAAUGGGCAGACACGAGAACACGCUCUGCUUUGCUAUACCCUUGGUGUAAAACAGCUGAUUGUCUGCGCUAACAAGAUGGAUAAAACAGAACCU